CUAUACUUCUUCAGCAUCUUUUGUUUGGUAAUGAUGUUGAUAGCAAAAACUAUCAACAACAUAUUAGAGUGUACAAUAUGAUGUUUGCAUUCACAUCGCCUGGUGCAAAAAUUGACAAGUCAAUCAACGAUGGUCGAGGCCCGCCGACAUUCAAAAUACAGGGUCAAACAUGCCAUCGAGUGGGAAGCAUGUUACCUAUGCCAGGUCAACCUCCAAAGUUUGCCCAACUAUACAUAUAUGAUACUGAGCAUGAGAUACAAAAUAGGAUUCGAGGAGUAAGAAACCCAAAUGACAUAGAUGAUCAGAUUGUGAGCAAAUUAUCAGCCAUGCUACAUGAAUACAAUGUGCAUGCAAAAUCCUUUAGGAUGGCUAAGGAAAGACUACAAGACGCACCUAUGCAGGAUCUGCGGUUAAAGUUGAUUUCAGACAGAGUUAGCGAUGGCCGAGUAUAUAAUCUUCCUACGGUUUCAGAAGUUGCUGCUCUUAUAAUUGGAGAUGUUGACACUUCAUCAAAAAGAGAUAUAAUAAUGGAGACCCAAAGUCGUACACUUCAGCGAAUAAGUGAGUUGCAUACUAGCUAUUUGAGUUAUCAGUAUCCCCUUUUAUUUCCUUAUGGAGAGGAUGGAUACAGGCAUGACGUGCUUCAUAGAGAUACGGGUAGUUCUAAUAGUUCUAUAAGAAAACGUCUUACCAUAAGAGAGUGGCUGUGUUUUAGACUACAAACCAGGAAAAAAGAGGCGCUCACAUUGCUGAGAUCAAGAAGAUUAUUUCAGCAAUUUGUGGUUGAUGGCUAUACUAUGCUUGAGUCAGAGAGGUUAUCUUUUAUCAGGAGAAACCAGAAAAAGCUAAGAGUUGAUAAAUACAGUAACC